ACGCAUACAGCACACACACACAUAUGCCUACGUUGCAUGUUUCUCUUAAAGAUAUGUCAUAAUAUACUGUCAAUGAUAAACGUUCAUCAUAUUGGAAAUUGUGAAACUUCCCAGCUACGGGUGUAUGCUGAAUUAAUGUAUUUGUCCCCAAGCCACAUUUUUCUGGCAGGCCACGCGUGUACGACCUUUGUGUUUGCUAAGGUGGCGAGCUCAACGAAAAACUACAAAAACAACUUCAGUUACAGGUGCAAACCAAGAUGGAGAGUGUGCCGCUCCUGUCUGGGUUAGUUCUGGUGGGUUUGUUUGGUCUGUUUGAAGCUGCUCUGGACAACAAGGGCACUGAGUUCAUCCUGACUUUUCCGGAAAACCUCCAGAGAGGCCAAAACUCCCCGAAGCUGUUCAUCGUCUGUCCAGAUCCGCUUGGGUCUAGAGUUGAAAUCACUGUUCCUCAUGACAAUAAUCGAGUGAAUCGAGUGAACGUGCGUCACGGGCAAGUGACAGAAGUGGAACUAAACCGCGAGGCCGUGGAACUCCGUGGAAGCGGGAAGAGUGACGGCGUUGGCAGGGCUGUUCACGUCGCGUCCACCGACGGUGUGGAGAUCGUGGUGUACGCGAUGUUCGCAGAGUUGGAGAGUUCUGACGCCUACCUGGCCCUCCCCACCGACGUGUUGGGCACCGAGUACUACACGGCCUCCUCAAGCAUCGCACGCAAUGGGAACGAAGAGGGCUGGGACGACAUGCCGUCUCAGUUCGGAGUAGUCGGCGUGCGCGACGGAACAACCGUCACCAUUGUCCCCAGCCAGGACGUGGAAUUCGACAGACGGCACUACCGCGCAGGACAGUCAUUCACUGUGACACUGGACCGGUUUGAGACUCUUCAGGUACAGGCGACUGAGGACCUGACUGGCUCAAAGAUCACGGCUACCCAGCCAGUGGCCGUGCUGAGCGGAAACCUGUUGGCUGCCUGCCUGCCUGCUGGGCAAUCACGUGCUCAACAGGCGGGCAGCGGAGACCACAUCGUGGAGAUGAUCCCGCCUGUGGACACCUGGGGGAAGGAGUUCGUCACCGUGCCGCUCGCAGAGCACACAGACGGUGACCUCUUCCGUGUGGUUGCUGCAAGAGACAACACACAGGUCGACGUUACCAAUGAGAACACAAAGAUUCUGAACGCUGGGGAAUUCUGGGAGAUUGAUGUCCCUUCAAACGAGUACAGACACGUGACCACCAGUGAGCCUGUCCUGUUGGUGCAGUUCAGUAAGACCGGCUCGGCUGACAACACGGUAACUGACGCGUUCAUGAUGAUCCUCCCAGAUGUGGGCCAGUUCGAGAGGAAGUACAGCUUUUCUACUCUUGACCUCAUCAAUGUCCCCAAUAAAGCAACUCAUCACGUCAACCUGGUCACCAGCUCUGCUGAUAAAGCUGGUCUCCUAUUGGAUGGACAGCGGUUGCCUAGCGACACCGUCUGGCAUGACGUACCUGGGACCGACUACGCCGCCACGCAGCUGACUAUUGACAGAGGCACCCACACAGUUGGCCACAUGUCUCCUAUUGUUAACACCGGUCUGUUCAGCUAUGGCUUCUCCGAGUCGGAGUCGUACGGCUAUCCCGGUGGACUCCGGCUGGCCCGGAUCGCCGCCUCGUGCAGCACCACCGCCCCCGUCCCCGCCGACGGCGAGGAUAACGACUGUGACGGACGGGCGGACGAAGAGCUGCUGAACGCCCUGGAUGAUGACGGCGACGGGCUCAUCGACGAAGACCUGGCGAUCGGUAACUGCGCUGACCACAGGGACCUGUACAGGGAAUGCUUGGUGCAGCGCUGCAGGAACCUGGUCCCUUAAACAGGCAAAGCUAUGAUAAAAAGCUGUCAGAUAUACAAUGUUCAGUAUUGUAGAUCAAUGACAUUGGGAAGAGACAGCUGAUUGACCGUAACAUUACUACACAGUUUCUACUAUCUAACGUUACAUGUAAAUUAAGCUUGCAAUGUCCAAUGAACACCAGUCUAUUAGACUGUAAUGAACAUGUUCAAACCGGUUGAUAACAAUGAUGGUCACCGGCCAAUUCGACUCGUGUGCCGAAUCAUUGAGCCGUAGUUUAAUCUACCUUUCAAAGAAUGUUCUAUAAAUGUACCACUUAAUGUAACUUCAGUGCACAUUCACUCGACUGUAGCUUAGUGUAUCACUAGUUAGUUGAAUGUCGAUAAUUGAUGUAUUGGUAUCUUUCUAUCGAAUAGAGUGCAAGAUCCGUGGUAGUCUCCGGAUCCACGCACAUGGUUUGAAGUGCGCGCCGGUUUUGAAUACAACAACCAAACAUAUCCAUUCUUCUGACCAUUUCACAAGCAUGAAAUCAUCACCAACAGCAACUACCCUAAGACCACUGUCUCCAUGGCAAUGCGUUUUUACAUUGUCAGCCUUGUUGUGAUACAGUCAUUAGUUAAGGUACAUAUUCGGCUUCUCCUUGCUCCGAUUUGCAUAUGAAUAUAUACUUCAUUAUGAA